ACUAAAAAUUAGCCAGAACAUAAAAUAUACCGCGUUAUUUUGCCCCAUAGUGAGAAAUACUUAUAGCAGAAUUAUGAUAAUCCAUUGAUUUUGCCUCGGAAAUGGGGCUCAUGGAGGAAGGGCCAAGUGCAUAAUAAUAGCUGAAUAAGUCCUUUUACUCGUGGGCGGUUACUGGUCCAUUCUUCCAAGAAGCCAACUAAGAAGAAACGGGUUUCAUGCCUGAUUUAUACUCCCAUUUUCUUUGAGGUAAGUAAAAUCUCUUUCUGUGAUUUCGAAAUGUGGAUGAUCAUGGAGAAACUUGGAAACCCAAUUUUUGGGCUUAGCUGUUGUGUGUUAGAUAAAAUUAAAUUUGGGUAUGUACAGUAAAUGGGGAUGUAUUGAUGAAUUCUUUUCAGCAGUGUGGUGUAAUUGUAGUCUAUAAUAGCUGUGCCUUAAGCAAUCAAUGAAAAAGGUGGAGAUUUUGGUUUCGUUUCUGUCUCCAUUCAAGAGAGUUCUCUUUAGUGAUUGAUAUUAGGGCCAGUCUAUUUCUCAAUUUUUGACAUUGAGAAAACAAAACUGGGAAUGGGAAAAAAGACGUUUUUAUAAUAUGGGUUGCCUCUUCAGCACUUUCACUAUGAUUGUAAGGAAUUGAUUAGGAGAGGGCUAAUUUGAACAGGCGUGUCUAUUUCCCCACAGAUUGUUAUUGAUGUUCAUAAACAGUGGAUGGGCGUCUAAGAAGGGUUGAUUUGGGAACAGUGUAAUUGGGAACAUUUUAGAUCCCACAUGUUGUUUGACAUUCUUUUUGAAAAACCUAGGAACAAUUUUGGGCAUGCUAGGCAGGCGCCCUCGCCCAUUGCACCCUGUGGGUGUGGUGCCUGCCUCCUUGAGAUCCCUAGUGUCUGAUUCUCAACGGGCCAGAUUGUUGAGCCGGUUGUUCUUCUGUAGAUUCCUAGGUGGGGUUUUAGUUCUCACAUUUAUCUUAUUCCGAGCAAUUACCACUGGCCAAUUGUAUGCCCCUCGACCCAGUACAAUGCACAAUCCUAAACUGGAUUCUGAGAAACGAUUAGUUCUCAUGACCCUUGAGUACAAGAAAUCCACAUUCAGUGGCAAUGGUGUCUAUGCUCAAUCCAUAGCAAGAUCUCUCGCCAAAAGGGGGAAUCAUGUCUUGGUGUUGAGUGCAAAGCCAACAAACAAGACCAUUAAACUAAACAAUGGUGAGAUUUCCAAGCAGGAAAUGUUACAAGAGACUGAAUUAAGGAUGUAUGAAAUAGAUGUGGAAGUAGAGGGAUCUAAAUGGGGAAGAUUGGACUGGAAAAGUCCAUGGCGUAAUUUUGCAGAUGGGAUCACAGAAAAUGUUGUCAAAAUGGUUGUUGAAUUCAAUCCAUCAUGGAUUUUGGUUGUAGAUUGGUCUGCACUUCCUGCAUAUUUACGCCUCGGGGAGGCUACAGGUAUCCAGCAAUGUCCAAUGGCUUUUCUAAACUUCCGCAUAUAUUAUAUAUCAGAAUAUAAGGGCAGUGAGGGAAUGAAGGAGAAAGAUUUCUAUAGGGAUAUGGAGUCAAAGGCUGUGUCAAUGGCCUCUACUAUCGCUGCAUUGAGUUCUAGAGAUGCUCACAUACUCUCAACAGAGCUGGGAUCUGGCAUCUCUCCAGGUGUUUUACCAAAGCCCCUGUUUCCUCCUCUUCGAGAAGACAUCCGGUCUUUGGCUAUGUCAACAUUAAAAAGUUCAGGUGACUGGAAGAAGGGAAGGAAGUAUAUUUCAUGCUGUGUUCGUCUUUCUCCAGAGAAGAAUGCCGAUCUUUUUGCUUCUAUUGUUGAAUCUCUUGCAGGUUUUAUGGAAGAUCAAGGCAUUUUACCUUUUCUAUGUGGCGGAGCUCAUGGUGGUGGGGAGUAUGCAGACAGUAUUAAACAGAGGGUUAGGGUUGCAUUUCCAAAAGCAGUGAUUUAUGAAGGUUUUAUGGGUCCAACUCAGCUUGCUGAUGUUUUUUCUCAAACACUAUUGAAUGUACAUCCCUGCAUUUAUGAUGCAUAUGGAAUGACCAUAGUGGAAGCAGCUGCUUUUGAAGCUCCUUCAAUUGUGCAUGUUGGCUUAGGUGGUGCAGUUGGAGCUGCAGAAUUUUUGGAUCCUGAGAAAGGACAAGUUUUUGGUUUAGAUUUGUGUGCUCCUAUAGAAAUAAUAUCCAGUAAGAUAAAGGGGUUGAUUAUUGAUGAUUUGAAGCUAACCCAGAUUGGUAGGGAAGCAGGCUUACGGAGCCUUUCAUGGGAUGAAGAUGCCAAUGCAGGGCAACUCUUGAAAAUUCUGGAGAGUUCCUCUGGCACAUCUAAAUCAGAUAUUGAAAUUCAAAGUUUGGAAGACUACAAGCACAAAUAAAAGUCAGUAUGCUUCUCCAUCUGCGUGAUAUUGGAUCUCAAUACGUUUUAAAAGAGAAGCAUCACUGUAUUCUUAUUCAUUCAAAUAAGAAAUCUGAUGUAAAAUAGUAAUGCAGUCAGUUCCAGUGAACACUUAAUCUCUUUUUUGGCUUCUAAUUUGGAUGAUAUAAAAAGAAUGCAGGAUGCAUCCUCCUUCUGUAGUCUUUACCAUUUGGUCAACUAUAUGCUACAUGGGGUUCUUAUCUUUUCAAGAAUCAACCUGCAUCCACCAGGAAUGCUUGCCCAGCUUCGUUUCAGGUAAGAAUCAUUAUAGAAUAUAUGUAUGCAUAUCCUAUCCAGCACAGUUUAUAGGCUGGAUAUGCCUACAUUGCAUUUGCAAAAAGUCUGCUCUACACAUGGACCUUUGCCUUUUGGAUUUUGAAGACCUAUGAUGGUUUUGGACACGUCUCCAAUUUCUGAACCAGGAUACAUGUUCUCAUGAUUCACAGAAACUAUGAUGGCUCAGUCACUAUAACAAAUCCAGUCUGUCAUGUCAUUUAGCAUGCAUGUUGUAAUUAAUUAAUGUGGUUUACAAUUGGUGGACUAAAUUUCCCACAUCUUAUUUAAAUUGACGAAGAGAUUGCAUGCAAUAAUUCUUUGCAGAUUACAAUUAGUGGAUACACUUUCCCACUUCUGAUAGGAAUUGUGUAAGGAUGUAGAUUUUAUUGAGGCUAUUGGUGUCAUGAACUACAGAUCUUUUCUGUCAGUUGAAGGCAGUACAAGUUGUCCAAUGAAGAUAGCUAUGGUCUCUUCUGUCAAUUGAAGGUAGUACCGGUUGUCCAAUGAAGAUAGCUAUGGUAUUUUUUACGGCUAAACAGAAAUCUUAAAUCAUAUCACAUGUUGCUGCUAAUAAAUAUUUGGCAAUUUUCUGAUA